AUGGUUGCAAGUUCGAGUCGCAGAGUUCAUUCACCCAGAGUUGGUGUGGACAGAGAUAACCUUGCAAGAGGUCAUAUAUUUUCCAGCAUUUCUCCAGUCACGCCAAGUUUCAACCGGCAGCAGCGCUAUGUUUCAAACUCGUCCGUUUCUCCACUCGGACUCAAUCCUGCUCGGCCAUCUGCAUUGCCUGUUCCUAUAUUCACCAAUACUAGAUUUGGGUCUACUACUGCUACAGCAGAAACAGCUCUAGAAGUCACUACAGCACCAACACAAAUCAUUUCAUCCCUACUAACAACCAUUUCAGACAAAUUCGAAGGGUUCUAUACUACAAUUAAUUCACUCUUAUCCAGUCGCACUAGAAGAAACAAACACCGAGAAGGAAGAGUGAUCAAACCUCAACAUGCUCGUAUCCAAUCAUCAGUUGGAAGACCAUCAUCACUUUCCUUGAUAUCACCUGUAUCUUAUGGUUCUGUACGUAGGCGAUCCCGGCUUGGGAGGGCUGCUUCUGCUGCUGAGCGUACUGAUUCGGACAUGGUCAUGAUGGAUAUGAAAGGAAUGAGCCAGCCAUCUUACACUUUACAGGAUACCAUUAUGGAUCAUCAAGACCAACCACAGCAACCAUGUCGAUCUUCUAUGGAAGACUCGGAAAGAAUACGCAUUUUGGAGGAAAAAUUAGCUUUAUUGGAACAGCAAUUGAAACUGCGUGCUGGUGAAUCUGUAGCACAUUCAUGCGACUCGGAUAUGCUUGUUGAAGCUGAACUUAAAAAUGUCAGUACUGUUCCUCCUCCUCCUCCCCCUCCUCCACCACAAAGUCAUCCUUUUAUACCAAUAAGAGCACCUUGCACCAGCACAUCCACUAUCACCAGUCCAGAGUCUACAUUCAAAGCCACGUUAGCCCAGUCCAUUGCUGCAGUCAAACUUCGACCAAUAUCUACACACGCCAAAAAGUCUUCACCCACUACAACAAUCAAUAUAUCGUUGCCACGGGGUCGGACGGAUGUUACUCUAUAUCCGCGAACUCCACAAGGCACAAUGAAACUCAUGCUGGAUGAAAUGAAAGGCGUACAGCUCAAACAGCUUCUACCUUCGCAAUCACCCUGUAAGCGAUCUGUUGGGGAACAUAUUGACAAAAGCAACGAUACUCGAGAUCCGAAUCAGGUCAAUAGGAUAAUAAGCGAUCAUCAACAUUUACAAAAUGCACUGAAAAAAAAGUUUCGGAUGAUGUAUACUGCUUUACGGGAUGAUGUUGAAGAAUCCAAAACUGGUGCUAGUGAGAAUGUGGUAAAUAGCGAUCUAGGUAAUGAGUGUUUUGGUACUGAUCAUGAUGUAAACACUGCUUUGGAAUACAGGGGUAUUUCCACAAAUGAAAAUGAUACUGAACUGGAGCGGGGAUGUACCAGUUCAGUGUGGGAAUGGAGUUGA